AUGCCUCUCUCGACGCCCUCGCUGUUCCCGCCCGGGCCUAUCAAGUUCGCCCAGUUCAACAGCAGGAGGAGCGUGGUCCACAGCACCAAGGGCAUCGUCGCCUGCACGCAGCCGUUGGCGGCAAAAUGUGGUAUUGAUAUCCUCAAUGCUGGAGGCAAUGCUGCUGAUGCUGCGGUCGCUGUUGCCGCCGGUAUGAACAUGACAGAGCCCUGCUCAACAGGCAUAGGAGGCGACAUGUUCUGUCUCUACUACAACGCCGCCACCUCCACCGUUCACGCCCUCAACGGUUCCGGCCGCUCAGGAAGCAGAUGCACCCUAUCUCAGCUCCGCUCUGACCUAGGCCUCCCUGCCGAGGACAACGCCAGUGCCCCGGAUCACCAAUACGCCAAGAUCCCCAUGUCCAGCGUGCACGCCGUCACCGUCCCUGGCGCCGCCGCGGGUUGGGCCGACACCGUUGCCCGCUUCGGCUCCGGCCGCCUGAGUCUGGCACAGGUCCUCGCUCCCGCCGUCGCCUUGGGCGAGGAAGGAUUUCCCGUCAGCGAGCUCGUGGCGCACUAUUGGGGCCGGGCGGAGCAGUCCAUCCGCGACGCCAGUCCCAACUUUGCCGAGAUGCUCAAGGCGGAUCCUGGCAGCAGCAGUGGUGCUGGUGGCGAUGGGUACCGUGCGCCACGGGCGGGCGAGAUCAUGAAGAACCCUGCCCUGGCCAGGACGUUUCGGACGCUGGGGGAGGAGGGCAAAAAGGGGUUCUACGCGGGGCGGGUGGCCGAGGAGCUGGUGAGGGUGGUGCAGGACCUGGGCGGGCACCUGGAGCUCGACGACCUCUCGCACCACCUCGAGGCCAGCAGCAGCGAUGCCGACGCCGUCGAGCCCAUCUCGCUCCAGUUCCGCGGGCAAGGCCUCGAGGCGGGCGGCGGCCUUGAGCUCUGGGAGCACCCGCCCAACGGACAGGGCAUCGUGGCGUUGAUGGCGCUGGGAAUCAUGCAGGAGCUGGAGAAGCAAGGGCAGAUCCCAACUUUUUCGGCGGCCGAGCACAACUCGGCGGCGUACCUGCACGCCGUCAUCGAGUCCCUGCGCAUCGCCUUUGCCGACGCGAGCUGGUUCGUCACGGACCCGGACGUCGUGCGCGUGCCCACCGCGGAGCUGCUCUCGCCCGCGUAUCUGGCCGAGCGGGCGCGUCUCUUCGACCCUACGCGCGCCUCAGACGCGGGGUUCGGCCACGGCAGCCCGGCCCUCAACAGCAGCGACACCGUGUACUUUGCCUGUUCCGACGCCCAGGGCAACGCUAUCAGCUUCAUCAACUCCAACUACGGCGGGUUUGGCACCUGCAUCAUCCCCAAGGGCUGCGGCUUCACCCUGCAGAACCGUGGCGCCAACUUCGCCCUUGGCCCGGCCGACCACCCCAACAUCUACGCGCCGCGCAAGAGGCCUUACCACACCAUCAUCCCGGGCCUGGUGACCAAUCUCAGCGAUGGCAGCCUGCACUCGGUAUUUGGCGUCAUGGGCGGUUUCAUGCAGCCCCAGGGCCACUUGCAGACCCUGCUAGGCCAGGUCAUCGCGGGUCUCAGUCCCCAGCAGGCCCUGGACGCGCCCAGGAUCUGUAUCGGCGCCAGCAGCGAGACUGUGGAUAUGCUCGUGAGUGUCGAGGAGGGCAUGCCCGAGGAGACUAUCGAGGGGCUCAAGAGGCUGGGACACAAGGUCGAGGUCGUCAAAGGCAUGAGCAGGGCACUGUUUGGUAGGGGCCAGAUCAUCAGGUGGACAGUGGACCCGGUCGAGGGAACCGGCGUGUGGUCGGCAGGGAGUGAUCAGAGAGGCGACGGAGCUGCAUAUCCAUUGUAG